GAUGUGUAGAGGUUAGUAAGAGGUAGUUUUCAAAAGCAGCUUGUUAUCCAGUAACACUAGAGUCGCCUUCCAUUUCAUUUCACUUAGAGUGGCAUCUGCAAAGCUGCCAAAAUUUUUCUCUAAGUCAGAGAACACACUCCUAAGUUAAACCUUUAAAAAAGGUAUUUCAAAGGAGGCAGCUGGUGUUCAGACUACCAAGGAAGACACUGCCACCUCGCUUCAGAAAGGGGAUUUCCGCUCUUUGCUUUCUGUCAUUUCAUCUCUAUUCUGCACUCAGUCCCUUGUCCUGUCUCGAGGUCCCUGUUUUCCUAUACCUAACCACUUACACAGCCAAUCUAGAAGUAAAGAGGAGCAAACACGCCCGCCCGCUCCCAAUGUCCUUUGCUCCGCUGCCUACCAACCGCAAAGCCGAUCGAGACGAAGCGGGGGUAGCCUCGUUGACUCUGCUCAGCUGAUCGGUUGCCGCCGCCGCCGCCGCCAGAUUCCAGAGGCGAAGAACGCAAAGCUAGGAACAUGGACGUUAAUAUCGCCCCACUCCGCGCCUGGGACGAUUUCUUCCCGGGCUCCGAUCGCUUUGCCCGGCCGGACUUCAGGGACAUUUCCAAAUGGAACAACCGCGUGGUGAGCAACCUGCUCUAUUACCAGACCAACUACCUGGUGGUGGCUGCCAUGAUGAUUUCCGUCGUGGGGUUUCUGAGUCCCUUCAACAUGAUCCUGGGAGGAAUCGUGGUGGUGCUGGUGUUCACAGGGUUUGUGUGGGCAGCCCACAAUAAAGACGCCCUUCGCCGGAUGAAGAAGCGCUACCCCACGACGUUCGUUAUGGUGGUCAUGUUGGCGAGCUAUUUCCUUAUAUCCAUGUUUGGAGGAGUCAUGGUCUUUGUGUUUGGCAUCACUUUUCCUUUGCUGUUGAUGUUUAUCCAUGCAUCGUUGAGACUUCGGAACUUGAAGAACAAACUGGAGAAUAAAAUGGAAGGAAUAGGUUUGAAGAGGACACCGAUGGGCAUUGUCCUGGAUGCUCUAGAACAGCAGGAAGAAAACGUCAACAAAUUCACUGACUAUAUCAACAAAAUGAAGGAAUAAACAUAACUUACCUGAGAUAGGAUUGCAGCAGAAAUUGAGUUGCAGUUUGCCCUUGUCCAGACCUACUUUCUGCUUGUGUUUUUGAAAUAGGAGGUGCACGUACCACCCAGUUAUCUAUGGGAGCAUGCAUGUGUAGGCCGAACUAUUAUCAGCUCUGAUGUUUCAGAGGGGAGGCCUCAGAGACGAAAGAAAACCACCACCCUCCUAUUGUGUCUGAAAUUUCAUUGUGUUUAUGAAAUCUAAUGGGAAAUAGAUCACACUAUUUCUUUAAGGGAAUAAAAAAGUAAAAGAAUUAUGGCUUUUAAAGCAACAAUACUAUUACAGUAAUAAAAAAUCAUUGCAAAGUAUCAAGACAAUACGAGUAAAUGAAAAGGCUGUUAAAGUAGAUGACAUCAUGUGUUAGCCUGUUUCUAAUCCCCUCGAAUUUUAAGUGUGGAAUAUAAAUUAGUUUUUAUUAUUCUUCUUGAAAAAUUAAAGAUGAUCUCUCUCACUUUGCCCUGUUUGACGUGCAGUGGAAACUGGUUAAACCAGUUGUUUAUACUUUGUUUACAAAUAUAAAAAUAGCUGUCUAGGAUAUUUUGUUACAUUUUUGUAAAUUUUUGAAAUGCUAGUAUAUGUUUUCACCAGCAGGUAUUUGUUGCAAACUUAAUGUCACUUCCUUAAGAUGGUUACAGCUCUCUAACCUGUAUUAUUCUGGACAGACCUGUUAAAAAACAGACAAAAAAAAUAAAACAAACUUGACUUUUGUUUACCUUGCACAUUUUUUGUUAUUACAAUGAAAAAACAAAAAAGGUCCAAGAUAAUGUUUCCCAUUUUUUUUUAUUGUUCAGUUUUUAACUGGAACAUUUAGAAAGAAGGAAAUGAAUGUGCAUUUUAUUAAUUCCUUAGGGGUAUAAGGAGGACAAUAAUGGCUGAUCAUUUGAAAUUUGAAAAACAUCUUUAGAUGACCAAGCAAAAAGACUUUAAAAAGUGGUCAUGCAAAUGGAAUGCAGCUUCUGCAGCUCAUAAAAAUUUUAGAUGGCAACUGUUAAAACCAUAUGCUUUUAUAGCUAGACAUUAGAAUUACGAUAGCAUGAAUUUAUACAUUCUAUUACUUUUCAUCCGUUCCUCAUGUUUUCAUAAACAGGUUAUAAAAAAUGUUUUGCCUGCCAAUUGAAUGAUUUCAUAGAUGAAGUGGAAACAUUUAGGUUUCCAUAGCCAUUAAAUUGUGAAGUCAACUGGAGUGGUACUUACUGAAGAAACUCUUUGUAUGUCCUAGAAUAAGCAGCAAUGAUAUGCUCCUUCUAAUCUUUCUUGCAUUUUAAAUUCUCAGCCAACCUAUAGCCAUCAUCUUUAGCACAGUGAUAUCACCAUGACUUUACAGACAUGGUCUAGCAUCUGUACCCUUACCCAAAUAUGAAGAAUAAAAUUGAUUAAAGGUU